AUGUGUUCCCGCUGGUGGCUGCGGGAUGUGUUCGUGACGCCCUCCUUCGACGAGCUGGACGCCGUCGCCGUCGACUCCAAGGGCGACCCGCGGCGCCUCUCCAACCACCACCUGCACUCCAUCCGGGAGAAGGGAGAGUUUGAAGUGGAGUCCCUGCACUUCCCUGGCCAGACCCAUCGCUGGCAGGUGUCGGGAUGGCUGCAGAAGGGCAGUGAGAAGGCCCACAACUCCCUCCUGGACGAUGUGGCUCUCGCGCUCUCGCUCAUUGUUGUCACCGCCAAGAACAGAGUUGCUUCUCCACUUUUCUCACUUUCUCAUUCACUGCAUUCAUUAUGGCAGGGGAUUCUCAUGCUUGUAGAUUUAGCUGUGGGUAUUCCAUGGGUCCAAGCUCACAAUUUAGAGGCAAGAAUGAAGGAGGAACGGUGCAGCUAUUUGGUCCAGGAGUUGACAUGCAAAGAUGGGGAUGUUACUGCACUGUGUUCGUGGAUGGUACAGCAAAUAAAGCGAGCAACUAGGGAGAAAUUUCAGUUGACGGGAGAGAAGCAGCCACCGGUUCCAUACAUCUUCACAACUCCCCAAGGGCAGGAGCUGGAUCUCCGACUCUUUAACAGGGAGCUUAUGAAGAAAGCUUUACCAGUGCUGGUUAACAUAUUAGAAAAGGAAGCGCGGGGCUGGUUCCUGCACUUCAGAGAAAAAGUUGUGGCUGAUCUCAAGGCACAAAAUCUUAGUGAAUAUGAGGUUGAAAAGGAGGGAAACCGUUUAGUGCAAGAGGAAUAUUUAGGCAGAGUAUAUACUGCAAUUCUAGCCCAUCCAACCCUACAAGAGCUGGCACCCACAGUCCCACAGCUACUUGUCAAUCAUGCCAAGGGUGUUCUGCUGAUGCACAGAGCAUUGGAUGAAGUAGAAAGAAUAUAUGAAGAAGGAGAAAGGUCCCGUCGAGAAGAGCUCAAACACACGCACCCAAUUUUUUCUCGAAUUGACCCCUGGCUUUCGGAUCAGUUGAGAGCCACACAUGAUGCCCUCACAGAACAGCACAAGUGGCGGCCACAUGAACACGCCCUGGCACUGUGUAGGGAAAACGAUCUUCAGCAGCAUGCUUAUUUCCUGCAGAGGGAUUUGGCAUUUAUGAGAGAGCGGGAACCAGUAUUAUUGAAUGAACUGAAGAAUUUAAAGGUUGCAAUGAGAGUGUUCCAGUGGCGAGCUCAAGUUUGGUUUCCAAGCAACUACAUAGUCAGUAGAAGUUUUCAAGGAGAAAGUGAAAUUAUACCAACUGUCUUGGCUUCAUCACCUACAUCCAUUACAACUCCUCGGACAGACCCAAAUCACCCUGUUUACCUAUUAGAAAAGCAGCUGAUCAGAACAACAUCAACGCGAUGGCCCUUCUGGCGAUGGUGUAACUUUGUUCACAGGGCUUGGGCUUGGACAUGCAAUGCUCUGUUCUUCUUUGGGGUUUGGCUACCACUGUGUUCACCAGUCAGUCUUAGAGCACUUCUGUGUCAAGAUCCUUUCAUGUCCGACUUCGAGUUAUCACAGGUGAAUGGUACAGUGUGUCCUAGCAAAGCCUCACUCACACCAACUCUAGUCUCAAGACUAAGGAUGCUGUGGAGGCAUAUAUCCAAAUCCCGCACACAUUUUGAAACAACACCAGACACAGGCUUCAUUGGUAAAGGAGUUACAAGACAUAUGAAUCGUGCUUGGAAUUAUGUCAUGAAAGGCAUUGUUGGCACAUUACUUCUCACAACUGUUUUUCCUCUCACUUGUCUUCUUGUAUCUAUGGGAUCAAUGGCAAUUGCUAUUGCUGCACCCUUCUGGGUACCUGCAUGUGUUCUCCUUACUCACAUUGUCUGCAUAAUCAUAUAUGACUUGGACUCACCCACGGGUAUGAGGAAGUGGAGUCCAGUUAUACAAGCAGUUGGACUUCAUGUCAUCAUUCUGGGCAUCUUGCAACCAGUACUAGCAUUCUUCACUGCAACAGUUGUUUGUCCAAUAUUUGCUGCCAUCGUUCUACUGUAUGGAUUGAUCCGUAGAGGAUUACGACACUUUUGGGAUACAGUAAUGUUUCAUUCAGUCAUCAAGAAAAGGGGCAGAAUCCCAGCUUCUGAUAGUUUCCUGGUUAAACGCAUAGCUGGACCUGGGCUUCACAACAACUUCUUCUAUCAGAUAAGCUGUGAACAAGCACUGGCAGCAUUUGAAGCUAGACUAGAAAUGGAUGAAUUAGCAGUCUACCAAAGAGAAACUGAAACAAUUAUAUACAAACCCCUUGUUGAAUACACGGAUUAUGUUCAGCGAUGUUUUGGCCCCUUCAGUGGAGUCAUUGGUAAAACUGGCAAUUACGAACGAGUAGAGAAAGAAGUAAGAGAUCUUAGCUUCACUUUGCAGGAAAAGAUUGACAGGCGGAGAAGAGACUUAACACUUGGCUUGCCUCUGAAUGUUAGAUCAAAGGUGAAGCUCACAACUCGAGACUUGAAGUUAGCUUUGAAACAAGCAACGAUACUGAUUGAGGACUUCUACCCCUCGCAUGUCCUUAAUCGCAUUGUGUACCAACUGGGAGCAGAAUCUACCGAGAGUGACAUGGGAGCUGUGUUAAGCCAGCUGGAUGCUAUCCAUGGAAGGAAUGCUUCAGGUCCAAAGAACGUUGGGAUUCUAGAGAGGAGUAUGAAUAAGUCUGGUUCGAGGAAGAGUGGGCUGCAUGAAUCGAAGUUUGCCACAGUUGAAGAGUGGUGGGAUAGCAAAGGUCUAGCUGUGGGUGACUAUGCUGGGUUAGCAUCGUUGAUAUUCACAGAGAUAUUUAGUUCUGAUUUCCUCACGCCCAUGGAGGAAACAGAUACUAGUUUUCAGAUGGAGGUCCAUGGGGUAAGCUUGGCUAGAUACACAGAGAUGAUGCGUUGUAUGCCAGAUAGACCUGACCUUGAUGAGAAGUUGACUGUUCACACUCCAAGAGGAAAUAUACAGGUUCAUGCUCCUUACCUAGAUUUAGCAGCUUUUACUCCACUUGUUCGUCAUGGAGUCCCAACGCAUCGCACGGGGAAAACAAGUCUCGCAGCCCGACUCUCUCUUCGCCUUAAUCUUGGACGCAGGAUGGGUAAGAUUUUUGUGAGUGGCUGCAGAGUUCCCGAGAAGCUCUUGAUCCCUCCUCCAAUUCCCCAUCCAGCACACAUUGCUGUCAUAAUCCACAACAGAGAAGCAUCUGAACCCAUUUCUCUUGAUGCUCCACUUACUCUGCAGGUGAUCCGAACUAUUGAAGAUUCCCCCCAUGUUGUUGCUACUCUCUCUCCUGUUUCACUGGCUGAUGAUGGCACCCCAGUAUCUGAUUCUCGAUCCUCCACAAUGUCGCAUGAUCAGUCACUCUAUGAUGACCCAUCCUUGUAUGAUGGGCCCUUUAGUAACACUUCACGAUCAGGCACAGCAGAUAGGAGAGGCAACCGCUGCUCACUUGGACGUUCCCGCACUGCAACACUUGAAAUGACAGCGACCUUGGACCGUGUAACUACAAGGGACCAACGCACAAGUCUGCAGGAGUACAAUAGAUCUAGUACCCUGGAGCUAACCCCAACCAGAAUGGCUCAGAGGCUGGCAACCCCACUACGCUCUUUACUGGAAGGCCAACGACCUUUUACAGUGUCCCUCAACUUGGCCUCUGCUGAAGAUGUUAGCCUCGAAGUUGAAGAGGAGGAGGAGCAGCCUAUCCCUCUCCAGCCACUCACUCACUCCACAUAUACCACAGCUGUGUGAUGAAAUGUUAUGAGGGAAGUGCAGGUCCCUUUCCAGAGGCUUACAGAUUUCUUGUGAACCCAGAUAUCUGCAAACUCAGUUUAUCUCAUAUCUCAUGUGAUGUUCGUUGCUACCCUGUAGAAUUGAGAUAGGAGUAGCUGAUCUCUUUACCACAUACCCACUGUACCUUGUGCUAUACUGUUGUGUGAACAUAGGAAAACUUAGAGAAGAAACUUCCCUUCAGUCAAUUCUUUUCUCCAUAUACAUUCUCAUUUAGAAGAACAAACAACAACAAUAAAAAACAACAAAAAAACAUAAAAAAUAAAACCAAAAGAAGACAAAAAAAGAGGCAAGGAAUACAUUAGCUCUUUAAUCCUCUUGGGCAUGUGAAUCACUGUGGGGAGCUGAGGAAGACUGAGGUAAAUUGAUAGCUUGCACACUGAGUUUUUUGCUUAUAACCACCAGGGGCUAGCUAAUAAAUGGCAUUAGCAAGGGAAAUGGAACACAUAUAGGAAAACAAUAGAAAGUGAACAAGUCACACAUCCAUAUAAAAGUUUGGUAUUUUGCUGUGAGACAAAGGAAAUGCAAACAAUAAAAAAGCUCUGGUAGUGUCUUAUUUUUGUUUUCUAUUUGUUUAUGUUAUGUAACAUUUGAACUAAUGGAUAUUCAGCAAUAUAAGGAUAAAUUUCUUUGUGUAACAAAGUGAUUGUAAUAAACUGCCAUUGCUAUGCUCAUUGUAGUGGGUUAGUAUUGAUUAAUACCAUUUAGAAAACAUACACACAAGGAAAUUAUUUUCUAAAUACCAUUUUCUAAACAGAAUUCUUCUAACCAGGCUAAGGAAGAAAGAAAACAACACAUAUCCAUACAAUAUGUAAGUUUCACAUAUUCCAUGCUUAGAUGUCAAGUCUUUUUUCUCUUUUCUUUUGCAUAAUUUCUAGUGUUUCUCGUUUGAUGCAUAAUGAAAAGUAAAUUUCCAAAGUAUAUCUUGCUUCAUUUUGCAAAAGUUCACCAGUGAAAAAAAGAAAAAAAAAGUUGAAAUUAUAUACAGAAAGAAUAUAUAGAAUUGGCUUAGAAUUAUAUAAAUGUGCCUCGGUUUUCACUAUCAGUGCACUUGAAAGUUCUGUAGGUUAAUAUGAAAAGUACUAUUAGGAAAACUGCUAGCAUUAAGAUUCUGUUUAAGAAUGAAAAACAUUGAUCACUAUUUAAUAGGAAAUACAAUUUUUUUUAGAAGAUUAUAUUGUGGAUGGAUUUCAAUUAUUGACAUUUUAUGACUUUAUUUAUAUUUUUAUGUAUUCUCAAAAACCCAAAUUAAUAUUUAUUGUUAAUACCUUGACGUAAAAACUUCAUAGCUAAGAAAUAUUUUGCACUUCAUAAUAAUGCUUAUGAAAAGAGCAGAAAAAAAAGAAAAAUACAUAUAGCAUAUGAAUAUAUUUAAUCACAACUGAUAUAUGUAUCAAUCACUUUUAUUUAUUUAAUAUAAUGAUGAUUUUAUUACUAUCAUCACUUAUCAUUAUUCUUUAUUUUUAGUAUUCUUUAUUAUUACUGUUUUUGGUAUUACUGUUAUUGUUGUUAUGCUAAUAAUGACCAUUAUUAUUGAUGUUAUUCUCAGAAUCAGUAAAAAUAUCAAAUAGAUUAUGAUAAUCAGAUGCCUAAACAUCGUAUAUGCAAUUUUUUUUGCAUUAUCCACAAAACAUGAAACCAUUUAAAUGCCACAAAAUCUUGAUUCAGAUCCAAAAUAUAGAUUUUUUUUUCUGAAAAUUAGGUUAGUAUUAGUGAAGAACUUCAGUACCUGCAUAGCACUCAAAUGGUCAGUGAUCCACCGUGUUUUGUAUUCUAGGUUAGGGUCAACAUUGUCAAGUGCUGUGUUAUUUUUAUGCACUGGAAAAAAGGAUUCACAUGUAGCAUCUCCAUGUGAUUUAAUUUAUUGCAUCUCUUAAAAAAAAAAAAAAAAAAAAAAAA